CAGCCAUGUGCACAGUAACAAGACCAUCUGAAGAUUCUGCGUUUCAAUGUUAUUUCUACCAGUAGCAGAAAGAAGCCAUGAAGACUUGCGUCCUGUGGGUUUUACCUCUGCAGCUAUGUUGCCACCUGAUGCUUGCCGCAGAGCACGAAGGGGUAGCUAAACAUGCCAUCAAGCUAUAUCGAGGCAAAGGAGCCACAGCCAGCCAAAAAAAGGAGUGGCUUCUCAACAACUGCCGAAAACUGUCUGGGCUACUACGCCAGAAGAACGUGGUACUUAAUAAACUGAAAAACGCUAUCAAGGCUGUGGAAAAAGAUCCUGGACUGUCCCCCGAAGAGAAGCUCUUUCAAGUGCACACAUUUGAAAUCUUCCAAAAGGAGCUAAAUGAGAGUGAGAACUCUGUGUUUCAAGCAGUAAAUGGCCUGCGCAGGGCUUUGCAGGGAGAUUACAAAGAUGUAGUGAACAUAAUAGAAAGCAGCAGACAGAGGCUGGAAGCUUUAAGAGAAGCUGCCAUCAAGGAAGAGAAGGAAUAUGUGGAACUUAUGGCAGCUGAAAAGCAUCAGGUGGAGGCACUUAAGAACAUGCAACACCGAAAUAAAAGUCUUUCUAUGCUUGAUGAGAUUCUUGAAGAUGUGAGAAAAGCUGCUGAUAGGCUCGAGGAGGAGAUAGAAGACCAUGCUUUUGAUGAUAACAAGUCUGUACGUGGUGUAAAUGUGGAAGCAGUUUUGCGAGUGGAAGAAGAUGGAGUAAAAAGGAAUAAUUCUCAACGCCACGUAGAGGAUGACUUGGGACUCAGUAUGCUUAUUGACUCGCAAAAUAAUCAGUACAUAUUGACCAAGCCCAGAGAUUCCACCAUGCCUCGUGCAGACCAUCACUUUAUAAAGGAUAUUGUGACCAUAGUAAUGCUAUCUCUUCCUUGUGGAUGGUUGUGUACAAUGAUAGGACUGCCAACUAUGUUUGGUUACAUCAUGUGUGGAGUUCUUUUAGGACCAUCUGGAUUAAACAGUAUAAAGUCUAUUGUCCAAGUGGAAACUCUGGGAGAGUUUGGUGUCUUUUACACGCUUUUUCUUGUUGGUUUGGAGUUUUCUCCAGAAAAACUGAGGAAGGUAUGGAAAAUAGCUGUGCAAGGGCCAUGCUUCAUGACUGUUCUGAUGAUUGCAUUUGGUUUGCUUUGGGGCCACUUCCUGCAGAUCAGGCCUGCUCAAAGUGUCUUCAUAUCAACUUGUUUGUCUCUGUCAAGCACACCCUUGGUAUCCAGAUUUCUUGCAGGCGGGUCUCGUGGAGAUAAAGAUGGUGAGAUUGACUAUAGUAGUGUCCUACUUGGCAUGCUUGUAAUGCAGGAUGUCCAGCUCAGCUUGUUCAUAGCGGCAAUGCCAACUCUCAUUCAAGCAGGCGGGAACACUUACUCCAGUGCAGUCCUGGAGGUUUUCCGAAUACUGGCACUGAUUGGACAAAUCCUUUUUUCCUUGCUCGCGGCCUUUCUUGUCUGUGUUAUUAUAAAGACCUAUCUCAUUGGGCCUUAUUAUCGAAAGCUGCAUACAGAGAGUAAAGGAAAUAAAGAAAUUUUGGUCAUGGGAAUUUCAGCAUUUAUUUUUCUUAUGCUUACGGUUACCGAACUACUAGAUGUAUCAAUGGAACUGGGGUGCUUCCUUGCUGGAGCUCUCAUCUCUUCCCAAGGGCACAUGGUCACAGACGAAGUCAUGUCAUGCAUUGAACCUAUUCGAGACUUCUUGGCUAUCAUUUUCUUUGCAUCUAUAGGGCUUCAUGUAUUCCCAUCAUUUGUAAUUUAUGAGUUGACUAUUCUGUUGUCCCUAACACUGACAUUAGUGCUAAUGAAGUUUGUUUUAGCUGUCCUAGUUUUAUCUUUGAUUCUGCCAAAAAGCAGCCAGUAUAUCAAAUGGAUUGUUUCUUCUGGGCUGGCCCAAGUCAGUGAAUUUUCUUUUGUUUUGGGCAGCAGAGCCCGCAGGUCUGGAAUAAUUUCUCGUGAGGUCUACCUCCUUAUCUUGAGUGUGACAACAUUGAGUCUUCUGCUAGCACCAGCCCUGUGGAGAAUAGCGAUCACCAAAUGUGUACCAAGACCAGACAAACGGCUAAGCACUUGAGAAAACUCAAGGAUAUUGGCUAACCGAUUCUGCCCACUGGUACAGCAGUGUGUGGCAUAAGUCUGUAGUAGAUUAAGAGAACCAUGUAUUCAACAAACACACUUAUGCUUUUGGUUGUUACUGAAAAUCACCAUUUCAGGUUUGCCCAUGGUUCAGCUUACAUUACCAGUAAAGUGACUUCCUGGAGAUAACCUUGAAAAUAGUUUUUCCUCUAUGUGCCUUUUUAAUAUAAAUCUUAUUUUAAUUCAUUUCUGUUAAACACGGUCUUUUGAAGUAUUUUUUUUUUUAUUGCACUACCAUGCCAGGCCUGCUAGGUCAAGGAUCAGGUAAAUGGAUAAGGGAACAUGGAGAAGCUAAUGGGGGAGAUUUCAGAUUAUUAUGUAACUUGAAAUGAAUAUCUCAUUGUCAUUUCUAAGACUUACUGUAGUUCUAGACAUCAUUGAGGCACAAUGUUUUAUUUUUGUUGGAGCUGACCAAG